GGUCCUUGGUGGUUUGCUUGCAAACGUUUCAUUACCCAACUAGGUACCCUUGGUAAGAAAGUCUGGAACAAAACCUCACUUGUCUUGCUCAGCAACGGGAAUUUUGAGCUCAAAUGUGAUCAUAAGCUGAGGACUAGCUGCGCCUACUAUGUGAUUUUUCUUGUCUUCCAACUUCUUCUUCCUUUCUUCUCUUUUCUUUUUCAUCCAGCUUGUGCUUUUUCCGGGCUCUGGAUGUGCCUGACCAUUUACCCUCUGAAUAUAGCCGCCGGAGUCUGGAUGAUGUUGAACGCCUUCAUUCUCAUACUAUGCGAAGCUCCCUUCUGUUGUCAGUUCAUUGAGUUUGCAAAUAUUGUCUCGGCCAGAGCAGAUAAGCUGCGUCCUUGGCAGAAGGCCCUUUUCUAUUGUGGGAUGGCUGUGUUCCCGGUCAUUCUAAGCCUGACUCUGACUACCUUGUUCGGCAACGCCAUUGCCUUCGCUACGGGCGUGCUUUAUGGGCUGUCUGCGCUGGGUAAAAAGGGAGAUGCCAUCGCGUACGCCAGGAUGCAACAAAUUCAACAAAAGCCAGCCGGCGGCGAUGGAACAGCAGGCAACAUUCAUGCGCAACUGGUGUGACGUUUUCUCCCCCAUACACACACUUUUUGAAGCAGACUUUCACUCCGAGUCCCCUGUGUUCUUUUUGAAGUGCUUCCGAAAUGAAUUCCGUUUAAAAAACAACAACAAUGCCUUGAAUUUCUGCAUCACUGUGAAUUUUAAUACGCUGCCGUUUUUCAGGAUUUGAAACGGGGUCUGAACAACUCCCAGCCCUGCUUAAGAUCUCAGGUCAAAGCGAAAUCAAAUCAGGUGCAAGGAAGAAUUUUUUUUUUUCCACACAUCCAGGUGAAUUCUCUUUGGCUGUUUUCAGAAGAGAUGGAAGCAUCCGUUACAGUUUGCAUCUCAAAUUUUGAAGAGUGGGCAGAAGAUCUCUUCCUAAUGUUGCCACAGUUUCCACUGCUUUUUUAAAAAAAAAACUGUUCCUUUUACACUUCACAACUGUGACAAAACCGACACAACAGUGUGUAAGUGCAGGGGAAGG